GGUCCACAUUCAUUGACGGUACUUGCUCUCAAUAUAUUUUAAUUCUCCGAGAUCAGUGCAUUUCAAUUUUAUUACUGCUUAGUUAUUCAAUUCUUGAAAGCAAAAUGGAACAAAUGGAAUUUGAAGAGGUUGACUCACGACCGAGAAGAAGGGUACCAGUUUUCUACCAAAAACGAUAUUUAUGUGCCAUGUUGCUCUUCUCCAUUGUUCUUGCCUAUACGACAGUUCAUUUAAUAGCGACAAAGAGUCGAUCCGGCAAAGCAUCAGAAGGGGUGUGCAACACGACAGAAUGUGCUCGUGUGGCUGCUCAUAUACAGAAUUUUGUGAAUAGAUCCGCAGAUCCUUGCGAAGAUUUUUACAAAUUUGCUUGCGGAAACCUUCAUAAAAAUUUCACACGAAACGAUAGUAACCUAAUUACGGCUCAACAAAGUGAUAUUCAUACGUGGCUAUAUAAGAUAAUGGUGGACAAGAAAAUAGACGAAACCACCAAGUUGCCAGAUAACUUUAAAACGCUACAAAAGUUUUUCAGCACAUGUAUGAAAAUAAGAAACGCUGAAGGUACUAACAUGGCCUUUCUGAACGCGGUCGAGUACAUUACAGGAGGAUGGCCCAAAGAUUUUGAAAAUGUUAAACAUCAAAGUUGGUGGGAUCUCAUGCUAAAAUCCAGAGAAAUGGGCAUGCAGUUUGACUUUUUUCUGGAUGUGAAUAUUGCGGAAUUUCCACAUGCUUACUUACAGAUCGGUCCUCCAGAGCUGAAUAAGUUUAGAUUUUAUAAUAAGAUGUGGGAUAUACCACAAACAGUUGUUUACAUCGAAGACAUUGCUCGACACUGGGGACACACUGAAUCCAGUUUAUUCUUCGAAAAUGACGGAACACUGGAAUUUGCCAAGAAACUUAGGGACUUGGUAGAAAGCUGCUAUAAGAAUAGUUGUGUCACAAUUCCAAAAGUGGCGACAAAGAUAUCGAAUUUGGAAAAGUCCAGGGAUUCUGACUCGGAUUGGCUGCCAUUCCUAACAAAUUUAACAGGUAUUGAAGAUUUGAAUGAAAAUGAUUUGGUUUACUUUAAAAUGGAGACCAAUCCCAAGGACAACUACAUAUCGAAAUUGAACGAACUCCUUGAAAGUACCCCUACCAGGCAUUGGCUGAAUUAUAUUAUUAUAUAUCAUGUUGUGCGAAACUAUCAAUAUUUAUCGACACAGUUUCAAUUUUAUGUUAGCGAAAUGGGCUUUGAAUUUUUAGAAGAAUCAUCAGAUCGACAGGAAUUUUGCCUUUCCGAAAUUGGCAAAUACUAUCGUAAGGAUGUCGAACAAGGUGCCAAUCAUCUAGUUACGGAUGAAGAAGAACAGCAAAUCCGCACCAUGUACAACUACACACACAAAGCUCUGACAGAGCGUUUGCGAAUUGAGUUUAAGGACAAUAAAAGUCUUCGAGAGGGUUCCUUAAAGCUACUCAAAAAUAUAAGACUUUAUAUCGGAGCCAGUGAACAUUUCUUCGAAGAUGACCCGUUCAGUGACGCUUUGGCUAAUAAGUCGGAAGAACUUAGCGAUAAUGCAAUAGAAAUGAUUCAUAACCUGGAACGAAAGAGGAUGGACCAUAUAUUUGGUUUAAUCCGAAAACCGAAGGGAAAUUAUAGCAGAAUUUUAGAGAUAGGAGCUAAUACGUUCACGUACAGUGUGGAUGACUCUCUAUAAUGUUGAACAAAACCGAUGAUGGUACAUUAACAGAAUGGGAAACAGCAAUAGAAACGCACCGUAAAAAUAGCAUAGCUUGUGCGAGAC